UCACCAGCCUGCUGCGUCUGUCCUCCAGCCCAGCUUCCUCAUUCGUCCCAGGUGAGACCACUGCUCUCACACAUCUCACAAACCUCACACUUCCAUUAGAGACGGAGGACAGGUCGUCACAGGCAGCACUUGGAGUUUGUUCGGAGGAGGGCUGAAGCCUGGUUUGGGAUCAGGCUCCAGGGCUCGGAUGUUUCCUGUUCACAAAAGAGAAGGGACCCAUGUGAGGUAGAGUUACACGUCUGUUUUCAAAAGCAGCGUCCUGUUUGACCGGAUGAUCUCCUGAUGGAACCUCCUUCAUACGACGAGGCCACUCUCCACCCUCCUGCUCGGAAUACUCAAGGACUGUACACCCCACCUCCCCCCUCCUACAACGCCUCCCUCUCCUCCCCCUCCACACCUCCUCCCACCUACGUAGAAGCAGUUAGGAUACAGCAGGAUCCAUUUCCCGUCCUGUCUCUGCCCUCCGUGCCCACGUCUGUGACCUCAACUCCCCGAAACACUGGAUACAUAAUCCAUCCACACACACAAGUCGGUGCGAGACAGACGGUCAACACCAGCCAAACCCAGCCGCCUCCGGUCCGCAUCUCACUGUCACAUCUGACAAGGAAGCCUGGUUUUGUGCGCUGCCCACACUGCCGGCGAACUGUUACCACUAAAGUCAAGUACCAUCCUAACAAGGAUGCCUGGGGCCUGUGUCUACUUCUGGCAGUGAUGGGGCUGAUCUGUGGUUUCUGUCUGAUCCCACUCGUUGCAUGUGGACUACAAGACGCAUAUCACUCCUGCCCAGAGUGUGGACACCAUCUGUUCACUUACAAACAACCAUAGGACGACCCGGACCGUCCCACCUGUAAGUGAUGUAGAGAGAAGACUGUAGAUGGACAGACGAGAAGUGGACUUUGCUGCAAAAGCAGUUUGACACAUUUCCGUGGACAUUUUUGUUUCAUUUUUUAUUUUUUAUAGAAACUUGAUUCUUUUAACCAACGAGAAUCGAGACUCACCACAGCUGCUUUAUACACUUAAAAACCUCCUCUUUUUAUUUUAAAUGAUCAUUGUUUUUGUAAAUAUGCGGUGGUUAGAGCCAUCGCCUCACAGGAAGAAGGUUGAGGGUUUGAAGCCCAUGUCAGCCGGGGCUUCUCUAUGUGGAAUUGCCAUGUUCUCCCUGAGUGGGUUUUCUCCUGCUUCCUCCCACAGUCCAAAGAAAUGCAGAGUGGGGUUAGGUUAAGUCAAUACUCUAUUUUGCCUGUAAAACCUGAAAGUGAAUGGUAGUUUAUCAUUGUUCCAGUGUAUUCUGGGUUUAGCUCCAGAUAGCCCACCAUGACCCUCAAAGGAUAAGCGAUAUACAGAUAAAGGAUGAAUCUUCUCAAUAAUGAAUCCUAAUUUAUUACUCCAUGAAUCAACGGACGCAUUGUGUAGUAUAUCCUCCUCCAGGUACUCCAGCUUCCUCCCACAGUCUAACAACAUGCAGUUUAGGUUCAUUGGAAACUCUCCAUUGUUUGUUUCUCUAUGUCAGCCAUCGAUUCUUAUCCCAAUCUGUAACUGGCAUUUUUGGACAGGCAUUUUUUAACCUUACACAACAGUGUAAGGUUCAAUCAUAAAAACCUAUUCCAAUAUAUACAAUCUAUUUAUAAAGCCAACAAUAGUUUUCGCAUAUUUGAUGUUUUGUGAGAACGUAUGGGGGUUGGUUCCCUUGUUUUUUAAAACAAGGAGGAACUGAACACUGAAUCCAUCCUUGAAGUGUUUGACCACAACUCAGCACACAAACCAGAGACAGAGACAGAGAGGACAUUGUGGACAAACGAGUUCACGUCCAGUCCAGGGACUGAUUUACAUGAACCAACAUGAUAAUGAGCUGUUUUACAUAUUUAAAUACGAAGAGAACACACAUUGAACAUUUACCCGAUGUGAUGACACAGAGGAAACUAGGUGUGAAUGUCGGACAUGUUUAAACCAAACAAAGCUUAAUGGAAAAACGGAUUUACUAAACACAAAGGGAUUUUUUUUACCCUGCACAGCCGUGGUAAACCCACACAGGUAGUUUUAUUCACCUGAACAGGACUGUGUGUGUGUGUGUGUGAGUGUGUGAGUGUGUGCGUGUGUGCGUGUUUGUGAGUGUGUGUGUGCGGGUCUGUUUGAGACUCUUUCUGAUCCAAUAGUGAAACACCUGACUGGAUGUGCAUGAACGAUUUGUCAUCAUAAAAUGUGAUUUUUGUUUGUUUGUCUGCUGUAAGACAUUUGUUUACAUGUGAGUUAAAGUUUGCACAUGUUGUUUUUUAAAUUGUGAUUUUAUUAUGAAUAAAAUUUUGAUUUAUUAUUA